AUGUCGAGAUUUUGGAAACCUGGAACAGAGAAACCUCAGCUCGUGGAGGAUGAAGAAGGCGGCGUGCUGUUCUUCUCCGCCUCUCCUUCUUCUUCCGGGUAUGGGAACGCGAACCUCGAGAAGCAGAGGCAGAGGCUGCCGGUUUACAAGUACAGAACCGCCAUUCUUUACUUGGUCGAGACACGCGCCACCACCAUCGUCGUCGGAGAGACCGGAAGUGGGAAAACUACCCAAAUUCCUCAGUAUUUGAAAGAAGCUGGAUGGGCGGAGGGUGGACGAAUGAUAGCAUGUACGCAACCAAGGCGUUUGGCUGUGCAGACAGUUGCUUCAAGGGUUUCAGAGGAGAUGGGUGUCAAACUAGGUGAUGAAGUUGGUUACACAAUCCGGUUUGAAGAUAUUACAAAUAACGAACUAACAAGGAUAAAGUUUCUUACUGAUGGAGUGUUGCUGAGGGAAAUGAUGGAUGAUCCUCUACUGAGCAAGUACAGUGUGAUCAUGGUGGAUGAGGCUCAUGAAAGAUCUCUUUCAACAGAUAUUUUGUUAGGUCUCUUAAAGAAGAUACAACGGCGCCGACCUGAGCUCCGUCUUGUCAUAUCAUCAGCUACAAUUGAAGCGAAAUCAAUGGCUUCUUUUUUUAAUAGCAGGCGUCAAGGACGAGACGAGGAAGAAAAUGGACCUUAUAAAGAGCCUGCCAUUCUUUCAGUUGAGGGUAGAGGAUUCAACGUGGAAACUUUUUAUGUUGAGGAACCUGUUUCAGAUUAUAUUCGAGCUGCGGUUUCAACUGUAGUCUCUAUUCAUGACGAGGAGCCAAUGGGAGAUAUUCUUGUAUUUCUUACCGGUCAAGAUGAUAUUGAUGCUGCAAUUCAGAUGCUUACAGAAGAUUCUCACAGUAGAAAGAAAGGAUUGCUUCUCUUGCCUCUGUAUUCUGGACUACCUCGUGCAGAUCAGGAUCUUGUGUUUUCCCCGACUCCUCGUGGGAAGAGAAAGGUAGUGAUAUCCACAAAUAUUGCCGAGACAUCAUUGACAUUGGAGGGUGUCGUCUAUGUUGUUGACUGUGGUUUUUCAAAGCAACGCUUUUAUAAUCCGGUGACAGAUAUUGAAAAUUUAGUUGUGGCUCCAAUAUCUAAGGCUUCUGCCCGACAAAGGGCUGGUAGGGCUGGAAGAAUGCGGCCAGGAAAGUGUUACAGGCUUUAUACAGAAGAAUAUUUUAUGAAUGAGAUGUCUCCUGAUGGUGUACCAGAGAUGCAAAGAUCAAAUCUUGUUUCCUGUGUGAUUCAGUUAAAAGCUCUAGGCAUAGACAACAUUUUGGGGUUCGACUGGCCAGCAUCACCCUCUCCUGAAGCACUAAUCAGAGCACUCGAAGUGUUGUACUCACUUGGAGUAAUCGAUGAUGAUGCAAAACUCACUUCUCCUGCUGGAUUCCAAAUUGCAGAAAUUCCUUUAGAACCAAUGGUUUCCAAAAUGAUUUUAGCUUCGAAUAAAUAUGGCUGUUCUGAGGAAAUUAUCACAAUUGCUGCCGUGCUGUCUAUACAGCAGUCAAUAUGGUUCUCUGUUAGAGGAGCUCAAAAGGAAUUGGAUGAAGCCAAGUUGAGAUUUGCCGCCUCUGAGGGGGAUCACGUCACUUUCUUGAACGUGUAUAAAGGAUUUAUCGAGUCUGGUAAAUCUUCAAACUGGUGUCACAAGAACCAUGUAAACUACCAUGCCAUGAAAAAAGUUGACGAAAUCCGAAAACAGCUGAGAAGAAUUGUUCAACGUUUAGGAAUAGCCCUGAAAUCUUGUGAAGGUGAUAUGCAGGUAGUUAGGAAGGCAGUCACUGCCGGAUUUUUCACUAAUGCUUGCCGUUUAGAUGCAUUCAGUCACAACGGGCUAUACAAGACCAUAAGAAGCUCCCAAGAAGUAUAUAUCCAUCCUUCUUCCGUGCUAUUCAGAGUAAACCCAAAGUGGGUCAUAUUCCACUCGAUUGUGUCCACUGACCGUCAAUACAUGCGCAAUGUCAUCUCGAUCGACCCAUCUUGGCUGACCGAAGUGGCCCCACAAUUUUACCAGCACCAGCCGAUCAAUCCUAGACCUCUUUAA